UGGCUCCAGGCUACUUGCUAAUUGAAUCGCCUCUUUUCGCUUUUCCUUGAAUAGACUUUUCGUCGUAACUACUCACUAGCUACUCUUUUCCAUUUGGCAUUACCAAAUCCUUUCCUACGUUCAUCAUUGCUGCCUGCACCCAUCUAUGGAUCCCUUCAUUAACAUUCUUUGCCUUUGCUGUGUCCUGCUACUCUUUACUACCGCAGGUACAAAACAAAACAACAAAACUCUUCUCGCCGAGUUCACACUGGGCACCGUUGGCCAAGAUUUCUACGACGUGAGUCUGGUGGAUGGCUAUAAUCUCCCCAUGAUCGUGGAAGGGAGUGGCGGGUCGGCUCUGUGCCCUUCCACCGGUUGCACUUCGGAUCUCAGCUUGCAAUGUCCGAAGGAGCUGAAGAGCGGCGACGGAAGCGCGUGCAAGAGCGCGUGCGAGGCCUUUGGCAGCCCUGAAUACUGCUGCAGCGGAGAGUAUGGUUCGCCGGCCACGUGUAGACCUUCUGUGUACUCUGAAAUGUUCAACGCUGCUUGCCCCACAUCGUAUAGCUACGCUUAUGACGAUGCUUCAAGUACGUUUACUUGUGCUGCUGCAGAUUACACACUCACCUUCUGUCCAUCCUCUCCCAGUCAGAAAUCUUCAAGAGAUAGCAGUCCAAUGACGUCAACAGCGUCACAACAAGGAUCAGAUUCAGGAGCGACGGGGGAGUAUUCCAUUGAUGGUUAUGGUUAUGGUUCAUCACAAGGGUCCGGAGAGGCUGUGCUAGCAGAUGGGUCAUACUUAGCUGGUUUGGCUAUGGGAGGAUCUCACAAGCUCUCUUUCUCUUUUACCUCUUUGCUUCUUCUCUUCUUCUUCUCAUACUCGUAGCUUGUGCUUCCUAGAAUAUUGUGUUGUACAUGCAUGGGUAGUGGAUUUUUGCGGGUUAAUUAAUAGGUUCAUCAAUUUCGGCUUUGCCACAUGUUCUUCCCGAUUGAAAACCACUUUUAGAUUAAAAAAAAUCAGGUUUCUGAGGAUAACGUUUAUAUUUAUAUUUAUAUGUUAAGCUUGAGAUUUAAAUCCUUGUAUGCUAAUAAAUAUAA